CAGGACCUCGUUCUACGCGGAGUCAGGCGGCCAGGCGCCGGACUUGGGCCGGCUGGUGCUCGGCGACGGGAGCGCGCUCGAGGUGCGGAACGUGCAGUCCUACGCGGGGUACGUGCUGCACAGCGGCCUGGCCUCGCCGUCGGCGCCGCUGGAGGUCGGGCAGGAGGUCGUCUGCGAGGUGGACUACGCCCACCGCGCCCGCAUCUCCGCAAACCACACCACAACGCACGUGGUGAACUGGGCGCUACGGGAGGUGCUCGGCGACGGGGCGGACCAGCGGGGCUCCUUCCAGGACGCGGAGCGGCUCAGGUUCGACUUCAGCGCCGGCAAGGUCACGACCGCGCAGGUGCAGAGGGUGGAGGAGUUGGUGCAGGGCAUCAUCGCCGAGGGGGUGCCCGUGUCCGUCGAGCUGGCCCCGCUGGCGGCCGCCUCCGAGAUCGGGUCCUUGCGCAACUUCGCCGG